GAUGCGCAUGCGUAGAUUGGUGCUCAUAGCGGAAGGAUUCGCAAGGAGAGUGAAGAAAUUUGACGCUAACCACGAUUUGUUUUUUUGUAUAUUACUGUUACACGACGUCACUGAACUAAAAUCGCAGAUUUUGUGAACUAACAUGCCAAAGAAUAAAGGUAAAGGAGGUAAGAAUCGGAGACGUGGUAAGAAUGAGAAUGAGUCUGAGAAAAGAGAGCUGGUUUUCAAGGAGGAUGGUCAGGAAUAUGCUCAGGUGAUAAAGAUGCUGGGAAAUGGACGGCUAGAGGCCAUGUGCUUCGAUGGUGUAAAACGGCUUUGCCACAUACGAGGAAAGCUCCGGAAAAAGGUUUGGAUCAAUACAUCUGACAUCAUCCUUGUUGGUCUUAGAGAUUACCAGGAUAACAAAGCAGAUGUCAUUUUGAAGUACAAUGCGGAUGAGGCCCGCAGUCUUAAAGCCUACGGAGAGCUUCCUGAGCACGCUAAAAUCAAUGAAACAGACACAUUUGGACCUGGAGACGAUGAUGAGAUUCAGUUUGAUGAUAUUGGUGAUGACGAUGAGGACAUUGAUGACAUCUAAUUCAGAAGUCAGGACUGCUGGUGGGCUAUAUUGUUAAUCUGAGAGGAGAGGACACUUCCUUGUUGGGACAAAUUGCUACUUGGGCCUUACUGAUGCCCUGCAUCCUACUGCAGCCUCCCUCAAAGAAACACCUAGAGACGCAUUGCUUAUUUCUCUCUGUUUCUCUAUCCCUCCACACCACAAUCUCACUACAAAGAUUCUAUGAGCAUUCUGCCUGUCAUGUAAAUCUAUCCCAUACAUUCACAAACACAAUUUAGACUGCAUAUUUUUGUUAUUGUUUUAAAAUAUUUAUAUUUUAUUCCACUGUGUGUGGUGGAAUUUAAAACUCAAACAAAUCAAGAAUUUACAAUAAAAAGUCA